CUUCACCUUUGCACUCUCUAGUUACGGAAUGGAAUUUUCCAACAUGCCGCGUGCAGGAAUGGGCCGCACGCCGCAUGGACGGUGGCUGAGAAAUCUACUCUAGACGAGAACUUUUAUAACGUAUGACUUACCAUCUUGACUGGACUUAUGCCGAGUGCCAGUUCUACGUAUUUCUCCAAUAACGAUAGGAAAAUAAGCCAUGACGGCUUUAUUCGCGGGAGCUACGGGAUCAGACCGGGACCGGGAUUGCGAUCAGGACAUGUCCAAGAAGAUGUUAACCUCUCUUAUAGACGCUCCGGAUUCCUUGUACUUGAAGAAACGGAAGCAUUUCAGUUGUUACCAAGGGUCCUGGGCUGACCGCUCCCCUCUCCAUGACGCUGCGUGUUACGGCCGUGUCCUGGCGCUGAAGACCCUGCUGGACCAGGGAGCCUGCGCCAACCUCAGCACCAUCGACUCGGUCACUCCGCUACACGAGGCGUGUCUAGGUGGACAUGCCGUCUGUGCCAAAAUGCUCAUCGCAGCAGGAGCCCAGGUGAAUGCCAGAAACAUAGAUGGCAGUACACCCCUGUGCGAUGCGUGUUCCCGCGGCAGUGUGGCCUGUAUCCAGCUGCUGCUGUCCCACGGUGCUGACGUCAACCCCAGCCUCAUCACUGCAUCUCCGCUACACGAGGCUGUGUUGAGAGGACACCAGGAAUGUGUAGACAUCCUCAUUCAGAAUGGAGCCAAGAUUGAACACACAGACUGUCACCAUGGUACACCUCUACAUGUAGCCUGUAUCAGGGGUCACGUGGACUGUGCCAAGUCCCUUCUUCUAGCAGGUGCUAACCCCAAUGCCAGGAAGAACCAUGAAACACCGCUGCACUAUGCAUCGCAGAACAACUUCACUGCCGUCAUUCAGGUCCUAGUGGAACACGGCGCCAAUAUCACCGCACUGAACCAGUAUGGCAAGAGAGCUCGCCACCUUACUGCAGAGGACAGUGAAGCCAGACAGUUGCUGUUAUACUAUGAAGGCCAUGUAGAGAGUCUGAAGCAGCUGUGUAGACUGACCAUCAGGCAGAGUGUUGGUGCCAGCAGGAUCAAUUAUCUCUCAUCACUCAAGCUACCAGACCUUAUGCUGAACUUUCUGUGUCACAGAUAGUUAAUAUCAUAGACUCAGUAACAACAGUUAUCUGACUUCACUCAAGCUACCGGACCUCAUGCUAAACUUUCUGUGUCACAGAUAGUUAAUAUCAUUGACUCAGUAACAACAGUUAUCUUACUUCACUCAAGCUACCGGACCUCAUGCUAAACUUUCUGUGUCACUAGUAAGGCCUAGGAAAAUAAUGUUGUUUCUGGUUACCUGAGAGACACAAUUUUUAAAAUCUAAAAUAGUGAUGUGUUCUGUUACACAUGACAUCGCUAUGUCAGAUCUGAACUGAACCUAAAGUUUUGGUUCCAGUCCAAACAAAUUCUAGUGUACUGAUGCAUUUCAGUGUUACAUUAACCAUGUUUGUUGAAUCACUUUGGCAAAAACGUUUAAAAAAUGUUAAAAGUGAAUCCCUACCUACCAACCCUAAUUUUUUCAGCACAAUAUUUGUUUUCCUUGGCCUAGCACAAAGUGACUUACACAAAGUGACGUACACAAAUACCCAUUGGGAUUUAGAAUAUGUUUAUACCAUGUAUACAUUAAUAUAGGAAAGCUAAUACACACCAUGCCACCCAUGCAAAAUAUGUUGCUACAUGUAGUGCAAUCCUGGAGAAUUUAAUAUCAAGACUUGUAAAAAUUAAUAUAGAAUCAUUGUAAAUUUAUGCAAAAGUACUGAAUAAGCUGUAGUCGAAAGUGCUGGUAAUUAAGGCAGAAGUGUGGACAGCAUUGCAUGCAGCACAGAUUGUAUCAGUCAUAGAACGUUUAGUUUUAAAUGUAUGUCAGUAUGGACUGCUGUGCUGCAUCUCAGUUUUCUGUGGUGCAAGAACUUUGGACAAGUAAACAUGUAUAUUUAUCAUGUAUCGUAGAGGGCAAUACUAAAAUAUUUUGCAAACCUGUAAACGUAUUUGUAACAAGUGCGAAGUGAGAUCUUCUUUGCCCAUUUUCUUGAAAUAUGCUCGUAAGAUUCCUUAUGUGCUGAAAACAAUUUGGUGACCAGAGUUUUUUUAUUUGUAACUUGAAGUUGUUUUAGAUCUUAUAACCAGGUAUCAUACAGGACCCAAGUUGAAUAAGCUACAAAGGUCCCAAAUAGAUAUUGUGAGCAGCUCAUAACUUGGUACAUGCUGGGGACAUCUCUGUCUUCCUACCUCACUACAUGUACAUACAUAAUACAGGUCAGCACAUCCUGUAGUGAUGCUUACCCCAGUUGCAGUGAGAGGAGCCGUAGUUAUUGUUUUGAGGUUUUGUAAUAUUUCCAGUAUGACAUGUUACAUUUACAAAAUGUACAACAAAGCCAUAUUAAUACGUAAGAGUAUUGGCUGUCUUGUCAUAAAACAAUACAAACUUUGCUGGUAAUUUAA